AAUGCAACUCCUCAUUAUGCGUGCUGAAGACAAUCCGAGGCUCUGGAAAUGGUUAGACAAAUGCCAGGCCAAGUUCACAAGCCCCUGUAUACAAAAUGAAAUUCUCAGUAUCAUGGCAUUAAUGAUUCUGAGAGAUGUUGUUAGGAAGGUAUCGGGAAAGUGGUACACUAUCAUGGUAGAUGAAACUACAGAUUUGUCCAAUACUGAACAAAUGGUCUUCUGUCUUCGAUACGUAGAUGAUGAUCUGGAAGUCCAUGAGGAAGUAAUAGGGCUGUAUAGCUUAGACUCAACUUCUGCUGACUCUAUACUAGCAACAGUUCAAGAUAUCCUGUUACGCAUGAAUCUAAGGAUUGACCAUUGCCGAGGCCAGUGCUACGACGGCGCUAGUAACAUGGCAGGAGCGAAGUCAGGCGUUGCAAAAAGACUAAAUGAUCUAGAGCCCCGUGCGUUGUACACACACUGCUAUGGUCAUGCAUUAAACCUAGCGACUCAGGAUGUGUUGAAAGGUAUCAAGGUCAUGCGAAGUGCUCUGGAGACCGUACAUGAAAUUACUAAGUUGAUAAAAAAAUCACCCAAACGUGAAAGCAUCUUCAAGAAGUUUAAAGAUGUUGUCACUGCUGGCUCUCCAGGACUACGGAUUCUUUGUCCUACACGAUGGACGGUCAGGGCUGAGGCAUUAACGUCAAUAUCUGAAAACUACACUACACUUCAGAUGACUUGGGAUGUGGCAAAAGAAGCCACAAAGGAUACUGAGAUGAGAGCUAGAAUUGGAGGAAUCGCUUUGCAGAUGGACACAUUUGACUUCGUUUAUGGUGUUGAACUUGGAAGAAAGCUGCUGAACAUAGUGGACAACCUGUCCCGAUCCUUACAGAGUUCUACUAUUUCAGCAUGCGAAGGCCAAAAGCUAGUCAGUACUACAACAACAACUAUCCAGUCAAUGAGAUCUGAUGAGUGCUUUGAUAUAUUUUGGAAGUACGUUGAACGCAAAAGAUUGUCACUUCAAGUGCCAUCCCCUACCCUUCCACGACGUAGGAAAGUUCCAAGACAAUUCGAGGUAGGAGAAGGUGCAACAGUACAUCCAGUAGAAGUGAAGGAGAUCUAUCGAAGGGCUUACUUUGAGGCCAUUGACUUGAUUUUAGCAGCAGUCAAAGAUAGAUUUCAUCAGAAAGGAUUCAACAUGUUACAGAAAUUAGAGACAGUUGUAACUUCUCUUCAGCAACCCCAGCAAUCGGAAGCACUGAAAGAGAUUGUCAAUUUUUAUGGUGAUGAUUUCAGUCACCCAGACCGACUUCAAACACAGCUCACUCUUCUUCAUGCAGGUACUGAACAGCCACUGACGGAUGUACGGUCUCUGGUCGUAUACCUCAAAUCCUUAAGCAGUGCAGAAAGACAGUUUUUUUCUGAAGUCAUCAAAGUAGUCAAGCUCAUUCUGGUAAUGCCGGCAACAAACGCCACAAGUGAAAGAAGUUUUAGUGCUCUCCGUAGACUCAAGACAUGGCUACGUUCUACAAUAAGUGAAUGUCGUCUCAACUGGUCUAUGAUACUCCAUAUCCAUAAGGACAAAACUGAUGCAUUACCAAUAAAAGGUGUUGCGAAUGAGUUUGUUACACGUAAUGAAAGCAGAAGACGACUAUUCGGACACUUUGAUUAAACUCUUUUGAAUUAGUAAAUGUAGUGUUGUGUUGUACGCGUACUGCCUAUCCCUUAAUGUAUCAAAGAUUUGAAAUACAAGUCUCAAAUUCUGGGGGGGCUUGAGC